AUGGCCAACAGCACCGUUCACCCAGAGAUUGACAUGUCUCACGAGGAAAAACAUGACCUAGAACAGAUUGAAACCAAGGACAAUGGCCAAUCAGCUCACGACACCAAAUUCGAGAAGCGCGUCCUUCGAAAAAUUGAUACUCGACUCCUACCUAUCCUCGGAUGCCUUUACACAAUCGCCCUUGUCGACCGAUCCAACAUCGCGGUCGCUCGCAUCUCCGGCAUGGAUGAAGACCUCGACCUCGCUGUUGACAAUCGCGUGUCUAUUGUCUUGAUGGUCUUCUUCAUCGGAUACAUCAUUUUCGAGAUCCCCAGCAAUGCUUUCAUUCACAAGCUCGGUGCAGCCAAUUGGCUUGCCUUUCUGGCUUUUGCCUGGGGUUUGGUGUCGCUUGGCAUUGGCUUCUUGAACAACUGGGCUGGCCUCGCUGUACUGAGAGCUCUUCUUGGCGUUUUCGAGGCUGGUUUCUUUCCAGGCUGUGUUUAUCUUGUGUCUUCCUGGUACAAGAGAUAUGAGGUACAGAAGCGCAUGGCAGGCUUCUUCUUGACAGCUUCUGCGCUGUCAGCGUUCGCCAACAUUCUUGCAUACGGCCUGAUACAGAUUUCCAAGACUCAUCACUACAAAGGAUGGCGUUGGAUCUUCAUCGUCGAAGGUGCCAUCACAGUCGUCGCCGGCAUCGGCUCAUGGUUCAUCAUCGUCGACUUUCCCGACUCCGACAAAAACACAUUCCUCACCCCCGAAGAACGUGCCUUCGUCAAAGAACGCCUCGCUGAAGACCGUGGCCCCGAAGAACGAGAGAAAGUGACCAUGAAAAUCAUUGGCCAGACAGCUGCUGACUGGAAGCCCUGGGCACAUUCGCUUAUGUAUAUGGCCGGUGCUGUUGGAGUAUAUGCCUUCUUGUUCUUCCUGCCUAUCAUCCUACGAGGUGGUCUUGGAUACUCACUUGAGCUUUCGUUUAUUUUGAGUACACCUCCAGCACUGUUUGCUGUCGUUGAAGCAAUGGGUAUCUCGUGGCUUGCUGAUAAGACGAGACUGCGAGGUCCGUUCGUCAUCUUCCAAGGCCUGAUUGGCAUCAUUGGGCUAUGCAUGACUGGUUUUCUCAAUUCACCAACACCUCGCUAUGUCGGCACAUUUCUUGGCGUCGCUGGCGCUAAUGGCCUAGUUGUGACGACACUUGCGUGGCAGGCCAAUAACAUUGUCGGGGAUGCCCGACGUGCUGUAUCCACUGGCUUCCUUAUCAGCAUGAGUGGUGUUGGUGGGAUUUAUUCCAGCAUGGUAUUCCCAGUCCAGGCCAACAAGAUGCACCAAACUACAUCCCUGGACUCGUAG